UAAUGCUGACAACGCAUAUAUCUCUUCGAAUAGUUUUGAUACAUUUGCAAGUGUGUGCACAAAAAAAAAAGGAAUAAAGUGCUCACGAAUGUGGCAGCUACGCGAAGAAAACAAUAAAGCCAUAAAUAGGCAAACAACGAAUUAGACGAUAAAAAAAAAGAAGUUUUUUUGUCUCUCUCUGUGUGUGUGUGUGUGUGUGACUGUGAGUGUGUGUGUUUUUGUUUUGGGAGCGCUGCACCUGCAAUGGACGAUAGCAGCAGCGGUGGGCACGCCUCAACGGCGGACAGCGCCAGCUUGGCAACCGCCUCACUACAAAGCGGCAGCUCCAGCCAAAAUAUCGUCAACGAUGGCCUCAUACACGUCUACAAUUACAUGCAUGGCGACUAUGAGCGCUUUAGCAACGAAUUAACCUGUGAGCAAAUCUGCACCAACGUAGCCAUUCAGCUGCAAAUUCUGCCAACUACACUCCUGUUAUUUGGUCUGCGUGAGCAUAGCAAUGGACAAUCGCCCGGGACACUUAAGAUGAGGCAAAAAUGGCAAAUGCCGGGCGACAGGCUCUCGCCGAAUGUGCGCUAUGUCUUUCGUCUGCGUUUUCGCGUGCCAGAGCUGGACCGUCAGCUGCAUCAGAUUGAUGACCACUGCCAUAAUUACUUAUACUAUCAAAUGCGGUAUGAUAUGCUGUACGAGCUUAUACCCGAGAUACGCUAUCCAGAGCAUAAAGAUAAGGUUAUGGGAUUAGCGGUCAUAGAUAUGUUCAUUGACAAGGAGGAAAGAAAACUGCAGGCGCAGAACGUGGAGAAGGCAUAUAAGAAUUAUCUACCGCGCAGUUUAUUUCGCGCACAUCGCAUGUUCGUGAAGACCAAAUUAAAGCGCACUUUUCGCGAUUUGAGCCUCAAUCAACCGAAUGUAGGCAGCCUUAAGUGGCAUUAUGAGCAUCAGAUUUGCGUCCUGGCACCCACCUAUCUUACAGAAACCUUUAAGGCUACGGUCGAGCAUCUACCCAAUGAGCCAAUGCUCGAAUCUCUGACAUUGGCCAACGGCAGCAUCACAAGCAUCUCAGCGCGCACCUCCACCAAUACGCUAGUCACCGGGUCCAACACCACGCUCUCCACCACUGUCACCGCCCACAGCAGCAGCAACAAUCAUCGCAACGAUGGCACAAUGCCACACUAUAGACCCUCUCACCAGCAGCUACAGUACCCCAGCUCCAUACCCGUUUAUGUGCGCCUCUAUCAUCAUGAUUCACCCGAACCGGGCUUGAAGGUUGCACGCGUAACCUCAGAAGCCACACUUAAGUGGAAUCUGGUUGCCGUUGUCGAAGAUAUAUUUACACUCUAUAAGGAGAACGACCAAGUAGUUCGACUUGAAAUCGUCGGUUUCCCCAAUGGUUACCAUAUGCGCUUUGAUACGGAGCAUGAAAUGAAAUCAUUCAUUUCCUACUUGAGCAUUUAUAUAAGGUUAACAGUCAAAUGGAUGCAGGACUUGUGUCCUUCAUACAAGACACCCUCGUUGGAGGAACUCAAACGCUUAUACUGCCAUGGACCAAUUGGCGGUAGCUAUUCGUUUACUAAGCUGCACGAGAAUGGCGACAAAUGUGGCAGCUACAUUGUGCGUCAGUGCGAUCGCGAAUACAAUACAUACUACAUAGAUAUAAAUACUAAAAUUGUGGCAAGCGGCAGCGACCAUCAGCGUUGUCAGACCGAAACUUUCCGGAUUUUGCGCGGUCAGAACUGGAAACUGGACGUGGACGGCGAUCAUUCCUUUGAGCAGCUAUCGAAGUUGGCGCAAUUUAUACGCACUGAUAGCUCCGAUCGCAUACGCGUGCCGGCCUCGAAAUAUGAUAAGCCGCCUUUGUUGUUGCUUUGCUUGCCAAAAAAUUUGAAAACCAAAAAGACUGAAACGGAAUUGAGCGAGGCGGAAUUACAGCGUCGCAAUCCACAGAUAUUCAAUCCCAAAACUGAUCUGCAGUGGUACGAAUAUUCAAUAAAUCACACAGACAACGAUAAAGUGUUUACCAUGCGCGGCGACUGGAUACAGCAGGGCGCCUUCAAGGAUGUGCCGGUUACCAUGAAGAUGCUCAAGCACGAUGCCAAUCUGCAUGAGUUCAUGAAACUAGCGCACACCUGGAGCACCAUACAGUCGCCUCAGUUCAUCAAGCUGUACGGCAUAACUAUGUCAGUGCCAUAUACCAUGGUCAUGGAGUAUGCCGAGCAUGGACAGCUAAACAAGUUCCUGCAGGCGAAUCGCAGCAUCAGCAUGCUUUGUCUGCUGGACAUGAUGCAUGGCCUGGUGCGUGGCAUGCACUACUUGGAGGAUAGCAAGAUAAUCCAUAGCUACAUACGCUGCGCCAAUCUCUAUGUAACCAAAUAUGAUCAGGAGAAGCACGAGCUGCACGCCAAAAUCAGCGAUCCUGGCUAUGCGCGUCCCUACAAACGCAGCGACUCGCCUUGGAUACCAUACAACUAUUACAAUAAUCUAGAGGCUGCCAAGCUGGAUCCCAGCACACAACUAUGGGCCUUUGCCACUACCAUGUAUGAGAUUUUCUCACGCGGACAGAUUGCAUUGGAGCAGUUUGAGCAACGCGAUCUGAUCCAACAUCGUUCAUUGCACAGCUUUAUAUUAAGGCCGUUGCAUCGGCGCUUGUGCCCGCCCGAAAUGACUGAGACCAUUAUGGAUGGCUGGAGCGAUGAUCCCGAUAAUCGCUUUAAUCUACACACAAUCUUUACGCGCUUAAAUGAAAUUAAGAAUCGCCUGCAGCGCCCCUACGACAUGCCACAAAACGAAGCAGAGUCAAUUGAGGAGGACUCUUUGGAUGACAUCAAUGCUUUGAUUAAUGGCUAUGGCAGCCACAGCUCGAAUCAUUCAGAUGCAGGCGGAAUGGUUUUGUACAACGAAGGACUGAAUAGCGAGUUCUUUGUCAAUUCGCAUGAUAUGCCAUUGGUUAUGCCAUUGGAGGACUGCAAGGUGAAAUAUCGUGAGAAGGAUAAAAUCGGGCAGGGACACUAUGGCACCGUUUAUCUCGGUGAACUCGAAUAUGAUGACAAAAAUCGUCCCAAGGAGCAGGUGGCUAUCAAGAAAUUGCGCUCCAUGCAGGUCACUGAAGAUUUUCUACGUGAAAUUGAAAUAAUGCGCGCCUUGAAUCAUCCCAAUGUGGUCAAGUUUAAAUACUGGGCCAUCAAAUCACAGAGCAUCAUUAUGGAAUACUUUGAGUUUGGCUCAUUCAUUGUCUAUCUAAGUUCACACAAGCCAAGUCUAACCGAUGCCCGCCUCUUAGCCUUUGCAUUAGAUAUUGCCAAAGGCAUGAACUAUUUGUCCGGCAAAUCUCUCAUACAUCGCGAUCUGGCCGCUCGUAAUAUUCUAGUUGAUCGCAACUGCGUAAAAAUCUCAGAUUUUGGCCUAGCGCAAUUCGCCAAUGCGGAUGGCUAUUAUUAUGGUACAAGCCAACGUGAUAUACCAAUUAAAUGGUAUUCACCGGAGGCCAUUGAAACCUGCAAAUUCUCAUCGUAUUCAGAUGUCUGGAGUUAUGGCGUUACGCUGUUCGAAAUGUUUUCAGGCGGUGAGACACCGGAUCUAUUCAAGGGGCAAGCUUUAACCCAAGAAGAAUUUAUUAAAUGCUUGCGCAAGGGUGAUCGCUUACCUCAGCCUUUGCUUUGUCCGGAUUUCGUAUACAACGAUAUGAUGCUGCCCUGCUGGCAUGAGAUCCCAAAAUCUCGUCCUACUUUUAGUAAAAUUAUACAAAUUAUACAGGCACAGGUUGGCGUUAAUAUAACACAACAGCAACAAGAGCAACAGCAACAACAACUGCAGCAGCAGCAACAGCAGCAUCAACAGCAGCAACAGUAAUUUUUGCAAUUAAAGGUGAAAUCUUCAUUAGCAGUGAUUGGAAGUUUAAUCAGAAUUGACCUAAGCGUGUUAAAAACGCGCAUUUAUACAUAACUUAUAGGUAUCGUAAACGUAGCUUAUACAUACAUGUUUUUAUCAUUUUAAGUUGUUAUCCUACUACUUUUAAUUACUUGACACACGAAAAUCGUUUUUAAAACGUACAUUUUAAGCUUUUUUACAUAAACAUUGUGCAUUACA